GUUUGAUAUCAUUAUCAUACACUCCAGUUAGAGGAUUUUCUUAUCUAAGUUUCAAAUUUAUCCCAAAAAUGUCAACCACUAUUGAUAUGGCAGAGUCAAGCAACGCUCAUGUUAAUGAAAAAGCUGCUUUAAUUGGAGCCCCAGCAAGGCCUGGAGGAUGGAAAAAAGGCAUAGCCAUAAUGGAUUUUGUUCUAAGAUUAGGUGCCAUUGCAGCUUCUCUUGCUGCAACUAUCACCAUGGCAACUAGUGAUCAGAUUCUCCCUUUCUUCACUCAGUUCCUUCAAUUUGAAGCUAGUUAUGAUAGCUUUUCAACUUUCCAGUUUUUUGUUAUUGCAAUGGCAUUUGUGGGUGGCUACCUGGUCUUAUCCCUACCAUUCUCCAUAGUAACCAUCAUUCGCCCUCAUGCACCUGGACCAAGGCUUUUCCUCAUCAUUCUAGACACAGUGUUUCUGACAUUAGCCACUGCUAGUGGUGCUUCAGCAGCUGCCAUGGUUUCCUUGGCACACAACGGCAAUCAAGACUCAAACUGGCUUGCCAUUUGCAACCAAUUUGGAGAUUUCUGUGCACAAACAAGUGGUGCAGUUGUGGCAUCAUUCAUUACUGUGGUUGUUUUAAUGGUGUUGGUUGUGAUGUCUGCUUUGGCUCUUGGGAAGCAUUGAAAAUUAAGAUAAGAUUGUUAGAAGCAUGCAGGGGCAUAAGUUACCUGUAUUAUUCACUAUGUUUGGUUUGGUUUUUUCUGUUGUGAGAUUAAUUUCCUUUUAUGAGGUGCUGAAAUGUAAAAUUGAUUGCUUUGUAUUUAAUUAAUUUGGGCCAAUGUUUCUAUGGAUCGGCUUCUACUAAUACUUGUGACUAUAGGAGUGAUCCUUCGAUUUUGUUAUCGUUUGAUUUGAGUACUUCUUGUACUCAAUUUUGAUAUAUGUAUUUUAUAGGAGAUUUCUCCAUUAAAAAGAAAAAUACUUGUGACUUUCUGAUAUAA